UGUAAAUAAACAAAGAAGAAGAGAGAUAUUGGGGGGUGGAUUUUUCCGAUUGGGAAUUAACCGGAAGGCGCAGUUUGGAGCAUCGAAAAUUUUUGGCGCACCCAUCCGAGAGCGUCAAAAAAAAUGGCUCCUCGGGAAAUCUGCCGUGUGUGCUCCAACAAAAUGGCCACGGAGGACGAAACCUACAACCUCCUGGAAAUGCCGGACCUCGCCGAGAAGUUCUCCGACUGCACCAAUUUGGUGGUGGAUCCCAUGGAGCACGAAAUGAUGCCCAGUGAAAUCUGCUGUGACUGCUACGAGCAAAUAGAGAAGUUCCACGCCUUCCGGGCCCUCUGCAUUCUCACCGACCACCGGUGGCGGUCGAAGACAUGGCUCUUUUCAAAGGACAUCGGCUUGGAUAAACCCGUGCUGGACGUGGAUGAGUUAACGAAGGAAGCUGCGUCCGAGCCGUUCCUCACGACUCCGGUAAUGAUGAUGUGUGUCGAUGAACUCGCGUCCCAGAGGCCUCCUUUACAAGCUGAAGAAGUCACAGAGUCAGUUCCAAAGGAUAAUGAUCCUGUAGAUGCGGGUGAGGUUUCCUCCUAUAAGUGUGACAUCUGCUUCGAGGAAUUCUCGGAUGAGAAGCGAUUUUCCACCCACAAACGGGAACACGAUGGCCACAGUCUGUACCACUGCACCGAGCCGGGAUGUGAAGAGUCCUUCAAUCGAUACGAGAGCCUAAGGCAGCACGAAUUGGAGCACGCGGAGGUGGGGAUGCGGUUCGUGUGCGAUCAGGAGGGCUGCAAAAAGAUGUACCGUCACAAGGGCUCCCUCAAGACUCACCUGAGCAAGGCUCAUCAGAUCGGAAAGCCUCUGAAAACUCACGUGUGCGAGUACUGCGGAAAAAUGUUCCAAAACCAGGCGGGUCUGACACAUCACAGAUUCACGCACCGCGCCAACCUUCAGCUGCCAUUUGCCUGCGAGGUUCCCGGCUGCUCCUUGAGGUUCCAGACCAAGCAGAAGCUGGAGGUCCACAUGCUGCGACACAACGGCAUCAAGAACUUCAGCUGCCCCUACUGCGGCCUGAGGAAGACCACAAAGAAUGAGCUGCGUCUGCACAUUAACUUCCACACGCUCGAAAGGACUUGGUCCUGUUCGCAGUGCCCCAAAGUGUGCAACAGCUCGACCAGCCUCAAGAAACACUUUCGCACCAUCCACGAAAAGGCCAGGGACUACGCCUGCAGCCACUGCGAGAAAUCAUUCGCCACCGCAGACACUCGCAAGUACCACGAGAUGACCCACACGGGCGAGAAGAACUUCGAGUGCCAUGACUGCGGAAGACGCUUCACCCAGCCGGCCGCCCUCCGCACCCACCGUAAAAUCCACGAACGCGAGGAGCCCAAGCAGCUGCCCACAUUCACUAUUGCCACUUUCUUCCAGGAGUUCACGGUGAACUGAAGGGGUUAAAAUAAGUGCUUCCAUUUACUAAAUACGAUACGAAAUAAUUGAAAGUUUAAAGUUAAACGCAACAUAUACAUAUAAUCGCAGUACAAAGAGUUUGGGGAAGUCC